UCUCUAUUUCAACAAUAAAACAUCACUUUUUUUUGCUGGCUAGUAGCUACCUUUGUGUGUAUAUAUAAACCAUAAUUUCGACCUGAUCAGUUGCUAGUUGCCACAAACACACCUGUAUAAUGUCUAAGUUUCAAUGUUUUCUUUACAUUGUCAUCCUUGUUCUUCUCUUGAAUUCAGCUCAGACAUUGUGCCAUACCAAAGGUAUCAAACUUAAAAGGAAGCACCAUCACAAGCAAUCAAAUGUGACAGGAACCCAUGUUUCAGAACAACCAUUCAUGCAAUGGGUUAAAUUUGUUGGCAGCCUUAAUCACUCAGUUUUCAGGACAGCAAAAAACAAGCUUUUCCCUUCUCGUACCAUUACCGUCGACAAGAAUCCCAAAUCCGGUGACUUCACCAAAAUUCAAGAUGCCAUUGAUUCUCUUCCUUUCAUUAACCUUGUGAGAGUUGUAAUCAAGGUCCAUGCUGGGGUCUACACGGAAAAGGUUAACAUUCCACCAUUGAAGGCCUUCAUAACAAUUGAAGGAGCAGGGGCAGAUAAAACAAUUGUUCAAUGGGGAGACACAGCUCAAACACCUGGAGCUAGAGGACAACCUUUAGGAACCUAUGGUUCUGCAACUUUUGCUGUGAAUUCACCUUAUUUUAUUGCCAAACACAUUACAUUCAAGAACACUGCACCAAUUCCAGCACCAGGAGCAAUCGGAAAACAAGCUGUAGCAUUUAGAAUAUCGGCGGAUACGGCUACUUUCGUCGGUUGUCGAUUCCUUGGAGCUCAAGAUACACUUUAUGAUCACUUUGGCAGACAUUAUUAUAAAGAUUGUUACAUUGAAGGCUCAGUAGAUUUCAUCUUUGGCAAUGCUCUCUCCCUCUUUGAGGGAUGUCAUGUGCAUGCAAUAGCAAGGUUAACAGGCGCAGUAACAGCACAAAACAGAGGGAGUAUCCUAGAUGACACAGGGUUCUCUUUUGUGAAGUGUAAGGUGACAGGGUCAGGGGCUUUAUAUUUAGGGAGGGCAUGGGGUCCUUUCUCGAGGGUGGUCUUUGCUUACACUUACAUGGACAACAUCAUACUUCCUAAGGGCUGGUAUAAUUGGGGUGACCCUAACCGUGAGAUGACGGUGUUCUAUGGACAAUACAAAUGCACAGGGCCAGGAGCAAGCUUUGCAGGCAGGGUUUCAUGGUCAAGGGAACUUACAGACGAGGAAGCUAAACCUUUUAUUUCUCUUAGUUUCAUUGAUGGCUCUGAAUGGAUCAAAUUAUAAUUAUAUGAUGAUCCGUCAAUUUUUAUUUUUUUAAUGUAUAUCAACAAAACGAGAAAGUAGUAUUUGUAAAAGAUGAUAGCUAGGUUUUUUUGAAGACGAUGAUGAUAAUCAUGAUAAAUUUGAUUAGAAGCAAUUCACUUUCUAAUAA